UUGGAGGCAGCGCGGCUUUGGAUGGAAAGCAGUGGAAGAAGUCUUUUUGCCCUGGUUGUGCGGAUGUAAACAAUAACCUUCAACAUGCAGUGUGUCUAUAAAACUCAUGGCCCUCUAAAAUCUGACGGCAUUUAUGCUAAAUCAAUAUUAUAAUUCCUGAAAAUUUGCGCCCUGCAUCUGGGGAGCUGCCUGUGACUCAGGCUGCCGCAGCAGGAAGUUGGAUUUGUUCCCCCCAACAAAGCGUGACUUGUGUCGGACAGCCAGCCCAGCGGGAUGGCACCUUUCUGAGGCUCGGACCGCGUCACAUGGCGCAUGGAUGGAUAGCGGGAAAAGCCUGAUCACAGUGGAAACACCGUGUUCACCAGACAUCUGCUAGUCAGAGUGAAACAACACUUCCACCUGACUGGGGUUUCAUCUCAGGAUGCCUCACAAGAGCAAAAGAGAAAAGGAGUCAUCUAAAUCUGGAAGACCGAAAAAAGCUGGAAGCAAAAGUGGACCUGCAGGGGAACAAGAGGGGUCGGGUAAGAAGGCGCCCCCUGCAGCUCAGCUGUUGAGGGUGAAGCAGGUCGGGUCCCACUCAGCGGUAAAGAGAGAGAAGAGGUUCAGCACCUCCUCAUUCCCCCUCAGCGCCAACAGAGAGCUGCAGAAACUUCCAGCUCUCGCAGACGUGGCUCCAGCAGAACAGGAGAAGCUGUUCAUCCAGAAGCUGCGGCAGUGCUGCGUUCUCUUCGACUUCCUCUCUGACCCCCUGAGUGACCUGAAAUGGAAGGAGGUGAAGCGGGCGGCCCUGAGCGAGAUGGUGGAGUACAUCACCCACAACAGGAACGUCAUCACGGAGCCCAUCUACCCGGAGGUGGUGCACAUGUUUGCUGUGAAUAUGUUCAGAACGUUGCCUCCGUCGUCCAACCCAACCGGAGCGGAGUUUGAUCCCGAGGAGGACGAGCCGACGCUGGAAGCGGCGUGGCCCCACCUGCAGCUUGUCUAUGAAUUUUUUCUUAGGUUUUUAGAAUCUCCCGACUUCCAGCCCAACAUAGCGAAGAAAUACAUUGAUCAGAAAUUUGUUAUGCAGCUCUUGGAGCUGUUUGACAGCGAGGAUCCCAGAGAGAGAGACUUCCUGAAAACAACCCUCCACCGGAUCUACGGGAAGUUUCUGGGCUUGAGGGCGUACAUCAGAAAACAGAUCAAUAACAUUUUCUAUAGGUUUAUCUAUGAAACGGAGCAUCAUAACGGGAUAGCUGAACUACUGGAAAUACUUGGAAGCAUAAUCAAUGGAUUUGCCUUACCACUGAAAGAGGAGCACAAGAUUUUCCUGUUGAAGGUUUUAUUGCCUCUGCACAAAGUCAAAUCACUCAGUGUCUACCAUCCUCAGCUGGCCUACUGUGUGGUGCAGUUUUUGGAAAAGGACAGCACACUAACUGAGCCGGUAGUAAUGGCUCUACUAAAGUACUGGCCAAAGACUCACAGCCCAAAGGAGGUGAUGUUUCUCAAUGAGCUGGAGGAAAUCCUGGACGUCAUCGAGCCCUCGGAGUUCGUUAAAGUCCAGGAGCCACUUUUCCGGCAGCUGGCCAAGUGUGUAUCCAGCCCACACUUCCAGGUGGCGGAGCGGGCCCUGUACUACUGGAACAACGAGUACAUCAUGAGUCUGAUCAGCGACAACGCAGCAAAGAUUCUGCCCAUCAUGUUUCCGUCUCUCUACCGAAACUCAAAGACGCACUGGAACAAGACCAUCCACGGCCUGAUCUACAACGCUCUGAAGCUUUUCAUGGAGAUGAACCAGAAACUGUUUGACGACUGCACUCAGCAGUUCAGGGCAGAGAAAAAUAAAGAAAAGGCAAAAUCAAAAGAACGAGAAGAAGCCUGGAUCAAGAUUGAGAAUCUGGCCAAGUCAAAUCCGCAGUUCUGUUUGUAUCUUGAUUCCUAUGACAUCAUAAGUCCCGUUGCUAUGGAAACGGAUCUCCCUUUCAUAGAAGAUGUACAGAGGUUAAAAAAGGCAGUUGAGGAGGGCGCAACUCAGCCUCAGUUGCAGGGGGAGCAGCGAAAAGAGCGACCCAUGGUGAGACGCAAAUCUGAGUUGCCUCAGGAUAUCUACACCACAAAAGCCUUGGAGUCCCACCGCAGAGCUGAAGAAAUGUUGACCACCCACGACGGGCUCUAGAGCCUCCAGAGCCCCGGACAGAACAACGCCUUUCUUUUACCCUUCAGUUUGUCUUCAUUCCUGCAGAAACUCUCCUCUCUGUUUUUCCACUUUCUCAGGUUAUUUUAUUUUUCUCCGAGGAUGAUGAUGAUGAUGAUGAUGAUGAUGAUGUUUUGUGUGUUUUAUCCCGUUGCGUUCCCGUUCUCUCGUCACUGUAAUCAUUGUGGACAGCACAGCGUUCGUUAAGGUUUGUGUCUUUAGUUGAGCGGCAGCAGAGAAACCUGCUGCUCCCAUUUAAAGAAAUAAAAAACCAUCGCAGUUUAUUUCUGUUUUGGUGCCAAGACUGUCGCGUUCUUUAUGCUUGAUUUAUCUGCUGCCUGCCUUUUUGUUUGUUGCCACUGUUUUGGUUUUUUUCCUCCAGCACACUUAAAACCAAACUUGGGCCUGUUCUCAGAAAAAAUAAAAAUACACAAAUAGAAUAAAUGGUGAGGAAAGAAGAGGAUUACUUUAUUUUUUUAAAAUGUCCCGUGGACAUUUCUUUAUUUUCUUGUUUUUAAGUUUCUGUCUUAUUGUUUUUGUGCCAUAUGCUCCUUUUUCUUUCCUAAUAUCUCUUGACGAUGUUUGAAAACCAGAUGAGUUCAACAAUGGUACUUUCUGCUUUGGUAAAAAAUAAUGCUGUUGCCUUUAUUAUUGUUUUCCUUUUGACCAGGUUUCUGUGCGCAUGUUGAAAUAUUUGCACGAUUGAACAGAUAAAAGGAAAAGAUCUCUUCUGUUACAUCUGAAAACUUUGAUUAGGACCUUUAUUAUUCUUCUGCUUUACAUUUAUAUGAUUUUGAAUGCUAUUAAAAUAUUAGAGGUAAUUUAUUUUUAAGUCAAACUUUCUCUCUAGUUUUGUUUUGAGUUACAUCCUUUAAGUCCCUCUGAGGGUUUUCCAGUAAGUACCAUUGUUUGAACUUAAAACAUCCGCUGGAUUAUAUAUUUUUGAUUGAGUUUUUUUGGUCUUUUUUUCCAUCUCUGGCCAUUCAGAAAGUCCAGUGCUGAAACAGACUGGUGUGAAAAAUGACCUCAAAAAUGCCAGAUGUGAAAUAAUAAUAAAAAAAACUGACAUUGUGACUUAGUUGAACUGUAUUAAUACUGUAUUUGCUUGAAUGCAAAAAAAGCUGUAAAUUUAGACUGACCAUGUCAAACAUGUACCGUUUACCCUGGAGGAAUACCUUUCACCAAACUGGUUUCUUCUGUCGGUCAAUACAUUUCUGCCUGCUGGGAGAAAUGGCUUUUUAUUUUAUUCAGUCCAGAAUAUUGGAAUUUUCUUUUAAUACUGAAAACAAGUCAUUUAUAAUAAGAAAAGAUGAUUUAGAAAUUAUUUGGUGGCUUGUUCUCUUUCCACAGGAUCUAGGUAUUUUAAUUUUAACACAUAAUUUCCAAAACUUGUUAACUUAAGUGUCCUUUUGUAUGUGACCUGUACUAUAUGAUUCAUUUAUUGUAUAUAUGAUUUACCUUGUUUCAUGUAGUGUUAUAUAUCUAGAUUAUUUUGUACAAAUUGUCCCUCUGUACAGAAUAAAAUCUCCAUAGCAAGUGAAAGAAAUUAA